UUCCACAACUUCAGUUUCACUCCACCACCCCCCAUGCCGCCCACCACCGCCGCCGCGGACCACCACCCCUCAAAGAAAUCCAACAUCUCCGACCGCCAGUGGGCAUGCCUCACCCUCACCAUCCUCCUCCAGCUCCUCAUCCUCCUCCUCCUCAACCUCUCCUCUCUCCGCCACUUCCAGUCUUCCCCCCUCCGCCGCGACGACGAAUCCUGCAAACACGGCCGCAUCCACGUCUACAACCUCCCCUCCAUGCUCAACAAAGACCUCCUCCACAACUGCCACCACCUCGACCCCUGGAGCUCCCGCUGCAGCGCCGUCUCCAACGGCGGCCUCGGCCCCCCCGCCACCGGCCUCCACGCCCUCGUCCCUCUCAACCUCUCCCCCGCCUGGCACUGGACCGACAUGUACUCCGCCGAAGUCAUCUUCCACGACCGCAUCAACAACUACCGCUGCACCACCCCCGACCCCGCCCAAGCCGCCGCCUUCUACAUCCCCUUCUACGCCGGCCUCGCCAUCGGAAAAUACCUCUGGUACAAUUACACCUCAAAACACCGCGACCUCCACGCCUCCACCAUGCUCAAUUGGGUCAAAACCCAACCCGCUUGGCUCAAAUCAAACGGGUCGGAUCACUUCCUCAUGUUCGGCCGCCUCACGUGGGAUUUCCGCCGCCUCACCGACUCCGACUCCGAGUGGGGCUCCAGCUUCAUCUACAUGCCCCUGAUGAAGAACGUCCUCCGCCUCACCAUCGAGAAGAGCCGCUGGGACGACCUCGAGCUCAGCGUGCCCUACCCGACCGCCUUCCACCCCAGAUCCGGAUCCGAUAUCCGCCAAUGGCAGGCCUGGAUCCGGGCCAGGAAAAGGCCCACUCUCUCUACCUUUGUCGGGGCGACCCGGAAGAAAAUCCGCAACGACUUCCGGGCCGUCAUGAUGGGGUACUGCAGGAACGAGACGACAUCGUGUCGGGUCGUUGACUGCUCCGAGACCCAGUGUUACGACGGAGCCCCGGCUAUCCUCCAGGCGUUUCUCGAUUCCGAUUUUUGCCUACAACCGAAAGGGGACGGGUUUACCCGGAGGUCCGCCUUCGAUUGCAUGUUGGCCGGUUCAAUUCCGGUUUUUUUUUGGAGAGGGAGCUUUGAGUAUCAAUAUGAUUGGCACUUGCCUAAAAAUGCGUCUAAAUAUUCGAUAUUUAUUGAUCAUAAUAUUGUUAGAAAUGAUACGUCCAUUAUUAAACGAACGUUAGAAAAAUAUAGCAAGGAGGAGGUGAAGAGGAUGAGAGAGACUAUCAUUCAUUUUUUGCCAAAAUUGUUGUAUUCCAAAUCCAAUGCCAAUCUAGGUGGAAUUGAAGAUGCUUUCGACAUUGCCAUGGAUGGAGUCUUGAAAAGAUUUGAGCAACAAAGAAGAUCAAUGGCGGUUUGAGUCUCUGUAAGUCAUCAUCAAUAAAGGGUCACAUCUGUUCUUCGCCCGUGGACGUAGAUCGUUGGAUCGAACCACAUUAAAUUCUCC